AAGCGCAAACUUCAUUCCCAACAAUCUAACCAUGGCCGACCGCAGGGCAACAAAUAAAUAUUACCCUCCGGACUGGGACCCUUCCAAAGGCUCCAUCAACACCUAUGUAGGCCAACACCCCCUCCGCGAACGUGCCCGCAAACUCGAUCAGGGCAUUCUCAUUAUUCGAUUCGAACUCCCCUUUAACAUUUGGUGCACGUCGUGUAAUAAUCAUGUGGGGAUGGGCGUCCGGUACAAUGCCGAGAAGAAGAAAGUCGAUAUGUAUUACAGUACACCUAUAUGGAGUUUUCGUAUGAAGUGUCAUUUAUGUUCUGGGUGGAUUGAAAUCAGGACGGAUCCAAAGAAUUCAGAGUAUGUUAUUGUGAGCGGGGCGAGGAAAAGGGAGGAAUCAUACGAUCCUGCCGAUAUUGGAUUACCGACCCUUAAAGACCCCGCUGCGGAAACACCCAAAACGGCAUAUGAAGCACUGGAACAGACCAACAACAACAUUCAAGCGUCCCUUGAAACCGUUCCCCUCCUCACACUCCUUCGAGACCGUUCUGAUAGAACAUGGAGCGAUCCUUACGCCCUGUCCCAAAUAAUGCGGAGAAAGUUCCGAACGGAGAAGAAGGCCUUGGCUAAGGUUGAGAAAGAGGCGGCGGCUGUUGCAGAGAAAUUUGGGUUGGGGGUCAAGGUGCUACCUGUGAGUGAGGAGGAUGAGAGGAGCGCAAAGAGGAUAAAGUAUUUGGAAGAAGAGCCAGAGACACCGGAGGAAAAAUUGGGAAUUGUCAGAACACAAAAUGUGUUUCGACGCAAUGGAAAGACUGAGAAAAAGGCCCUGGCAAAAGUGCUGGACAUGAAAGCCAAAACAGUGGCGGAUCCUUUUGCUCUUGCUCCUACUUCUUCUAACGGCGUAUCAUCGCUAGCUGCGUCUGAUGGAAAAGAAGGCGUAGUUCUCCGACGGAAUUCAAGAGAAAGCGAAAGGGAUAUCCAAACGAAUCAAUCCGCUCUUGUCCAAUUCCCAUCAGAAACACCAUCCCUAGUCUGCCAUGAAUACGGGGAUAGUGAUGAAAGCGACAAAGAUACCUAAUAGUCCAACAUCAUGAUGUACAUAACCGAUAGCUGAUUCCUUGUAAAUAGAUACGUCUCGCAUACCCACUACCCUAAAUUAAAAAUGCUAUAUGUACAGUGCGC